UUAUUCAUUUUAUUUUAUUCAGCAAUUUUAACAGCCUGAUGUGAUGCAAUAUUGGCUGCUUAUUUUUGCAGAAAGUAUUUCCCACCUGAACAGAGGACAGUAGAAGAGGUUGCACUCUCCACAGCAGAUCUUGCUUCUAACACAAAUGGCCUCCUCAGGAAGUAAAGUGUGCUCAAGGCCCCAUACAAUCUUUGACCAGCCCUGGUGUUCAGAAUGAUGUGCAGUGUUAGUUUUGCAAGAUGGCAAGGAAGUUCAGUUUUGCUCAUAUUUGACCAGCACUCUUUGGUCCACAUAUUGGGGCCUUUAUACCUUGCAGCACACUCUAAUCAGGUCUUCUUAUAGAUUUUCUUUUUGCUGGUUCUCUUUGGCAGAUUUGGAGAUUAGUUCGAAUCUGACCUGUUUCAGAUGAUGGAUGUUCACAUGCCGAGUGAGAAGUUGCUUGAGAUAAUCCUUUACAAUAUAUUCCUACUUUAGAUGUUUCAGAUGCUUCAUUAUUAAUCUGCAUUUUAUUCACUAAUGUUCCCUAACAAACCUCUGAUACCUUCACAGAAUAGUAUGGAAACAGACUGAUUAGGUGUCUGGAGUGACAGAUUAAAAGUGUCUGAACACAAACACACUACAUGCUACACUUUUACAUUUUAAUCAGUAAACGUAGAUCAUUUCCUGAACUGUUCAGUUAUUUUGUAUUGAUUAAUGACAUAAAACCCAAGUGAAAUACAAUAAAGUUUGUGGUUGUAACGUGACAAAAUUGUGGAAAAGUUCAAGGGAUAAAACGCUUGUGUAAGGCACUGCAUGGGCAUGAAAGUGCUCUUUAAGUUCAUACCGUUACAUCUUUAGUGCAUUCAUGUACCACCUUAUAAUUUAAUUUAUAAGGAGAAAUCUGCAAAUCUAAACCUAAUUCAAAGGUUGGUUGGUUGGAUGCUGAAAGGUUAAUCCCUGAGGGAGAUCGUUUCAUGUACCAUUUCUAAUUAGUUACAGAAGUUGGAUGUUGGUCAGGAGUGCCUGCCACUGUGAAACCAGUCAUCAUAAUCUUAACUUUGAACCCCCUCUGGCCCUCCCCCUCAAAAAACCUGGAAAAUAAAAAGUAUCAUGAGGCUCGUGAGUCUUUAAGGGAAUGAGUGUUGUAAAAUAUCAUAUUUUAACCGGAACAAAUCAGUUGGAAAUACGCCUAAUGCAUUUUGUGUCAAGUGAUGCCAGAUGCAGAAAAUGUCCUGCAUGUUUAACCUCACGAUUCAAAGGGGGAGGGGGAGAGGGCUCUGUGAUGACCCUGCUGCUGGUUUUGACGUAGGAGCCGCAGACCUGGUGAAUGGUCAGCUGUGUCCGCUCCUGGCAGGCUUUAUAAAAGCAGAGCGCACCGAGAGCGCUCAAGCAGCCCAGUCGGGUCACCUCAGCUUCUACUCUUCUUCUGCUGCUCUUUAUUCUGCUUUUUCUUCUUGAUUUCCAAAAAAGAAAAAAAAUAUAUAUAUAUAUAUAUUUUUUUAAAAUCAAAACCAACAUGAAUUCUCACUGCAACGGGAAAGUCGGGGAAACCGCGGUGGAGGAGUUCCACUGCAACAAUGGCUUCAGCGACCUCAUCAUCGACACCAAGAAGUCCGCCGUGGUCCACCGCAAGCAUGAGACGUCCCGCAAGGAGGCCGAGGACGAGUCCCGCUUACCCGCGCUGGAGGCCGCCUACACCAGCAUCCUGCGGAACCUGGGAGAGGACACGGACCGGGAUGGUCUGUUGCGCACGCCGCUGCGCGCCGCCAAGGCCAUCCAGUUCCUCACCAAGGGCUACCAUGAGACCAUCGAUGACAUCCUGAACAACGCCAUAUUUGACGAGGACCACGAUGAGAUGGUGAUUGUGAAGGACAUAGAUGUGUUUUCCCUGUGCGAACAUCAUUUGGUACCAUUUUUUGGAAAGGUUCACAUUGGCUACAUCCCAAACAAAAAAGUGGUAGGACUCAGCAAGCUGGCAAGGAUUGUGGAGAUCUUCAGCCGCCGACUUCAGGUUCAAGAGCGUCUGACGAAGCAGAUCGCUAUGGGAAUAUGUGAAGCGCUGCAGCCGAAAGGUGUGGCUGUAGUUGUAGAAGCAGCUCACAUGUGCAUGGUGAUGCGCGGUGUCCAGAAGAUGAACAGCCGCACGGUGACGAGCACCAUGCUGGGAGUUUACCUCGAGGACCCCAAGACCCGGGAGGAGUUCUUGGCUCUGGCGAUGCGCGCCUAACGGACCUCAAGCCACUCUAAAUUCCCCAGCCACUGCAGUGGAUGGAAAGACAUGGAUUCACUGUGGGUUCUGCUUGUGACACCAGAUGGGAAAGAGACAUGAAGUUGCUGUAUGACCUCCAGCCUGUUGAGUUAACCUCAAAACACUGAAGCCUGAGAGAUUUACGUUGAAAUCACUGUGAACCCAACAAGCAUAUUCUUAGUGCCUUUAUUACUUAUUAUACAGUCUUGCACGGCAAUAUUGCUAUGAAAUAUGUAACCUGAGUACUGUAACAUGGCAACUUAAGAUACGUAACAGUUAGUAUUUGUCUUAUUUUUUUUCUUCUUUCCGAUGGGAAUUUCAUUGGUGCUUUUCCAAAGUGUUAUUUACGUAAUCCAAACUUAUUUGUCAUUUGUAUACAUUUUUAAAACCUUUGAAUUUUAGUGACAUUUUGCGAUAUGAAUCAAAUAUCUAAAGAUGAAAGAGUCCAGCCAAUCGAUGUAAAUCUGUGAUCAAAGAUAAUAUUGUCAUCUGAAAUAAAGCUUUCUAAACAUUAA